AUGUUUCUAAUUGAUCUUGGAUCUGAGUUUUUCCUUAUUAAGUUCCAGAAAGAAGAGAAUCUGCAAACAGCCCUUCAUGGAGGUCCUUGGUUUGUCCUUAACCAUUUCCUAUCUGUGAGGCAAUGGGAAGCUAAGUUUAUUGCAUCCAACACUCAGCUAACGUAUUCUGCUAUAUGGGUACGUCUCCCUGAGCUACCUACUGUGUUUUAUGAUAUGGAAAUCCUUCAGCGAGUGGGAGCGAAAUUGGGUAAACUAUUAAAGGUUGAUAUAUGCACGACAACUACUUCUAGGGGCAGGUAUGCAAGAAUUUGCAUUGAGGUACCUCUUGAAAAACCUCUCAAGACACAUCUCCACAUUGGCAACCACAAACAAACAAUCCAAUAUGAAGGCCUUAACGUUCUUUGUACUGCAUGUGGUAGAUUUGGUCAUGCUUUAAUCCAUUGUACCUUUCAAACACAACCACUUCCCACAUCCCUCGUUACUAAAUCUUCUAGGCCUCAGUCUGCUUCAACGUCUUCUACAACUCACUAUAUUCCCCACCCUACAAGCAAUCAUCAAUCAGCUGAGUGGCAAACUGUUUCUUUUCCAAAAAGAAACAACAACCGACUACAAUAA